GCUAAAUCCGUGGUCCAGAAAUGCGGUCCUCGAGUCUGUUUAGUACUUUCUCUAUAGACACUUACUUCACUUUCAAAAUGGCUACUUGUAUGCCAAUAGUUGUGCUUUAGACUUCACCCCAUGAUGAGUAGCCGGGAAACUCAAUUUUUGCACACUUCAACCCACCAAAAAAGCCCCGGUGAAAGAAGAAAGUAUUCUCGUCCUUUGAAAGUUUCCUGGAAUCCACCAGGCUUCCAUGGUCACCGCUUUUCGACAAGCAAUCUUGGGUCCAUAAUCACCUUUCUCCCCAACUUGAUGCAAGUUCUUAUUGGCACAACGCAUUGUAUGAUUGGCCAGGUUGGUUAUCGCCAGCUAGACGCAGUAUCAAGAUCAAGCUUCCCUGUCUCUCUCCCGCCCAACUUUUAUGCCUCAUUAAUAACCUCUGUGAUAAGUAACUAGCCUGCACUUUUAUUCCCAGAAGUUGCCGUCCUCGAGAGUCAAGAUGCCGGAUCGUUGUGACAUACGCAUUCGAGUUGAGGAACCUUCCGAGGCAGAACGGCGACCUCUGAUCGUACAGUCCCACUACAGCCAUAUCAUGGACGGCGAGCCAUUUUUCGGCUGCCCCAAUCCGCACGCCCAUCUGCCCGUUUAUACGACUAUACACCGGAUACGUAGAGAUGUCAUCUCUAUCGUUGAAGACUUCCUGACGUUUGAGCAGCUGAGGGAUCUACGACUUAAUAUUGCCGUUGUCCGUCCGCUGGUGGACAAGCUUUAUGAGCAGGAUGACAUUUCUAUUGUCUACUGCUUGCUUGUCAACCGUGCUCAUUUCCUCCACGAGCAGGCACAUUUAAAUAACCGCCAGAAUGUUCAUUUCACACGCGCUACGCUUUGCGAAGUUGUCGCGACUCGCAUCUUAAGACGCUUCGCUGAGGAUAACCCUGGUCCGCAGGGUGUACUGCUACUCGCAAAUAUACUCGUUGCCGGCUUCGAACCCUUUCAGAAUGCCCCAGAGGAAGUCCGUCGGGAAGCUGCACUAUCGUCGACAUUCGACUACCACAGGAAUGUACCCGCUUUGGAAGUUGCCAUCAUUAGCGAGAGCAAGUAUCUCUUGAGUUCCACGCACUGUCAGAAAGUGAUUGAUGCAAUCUACAAUGGCCAAAUCGUCUAUACUCCUUCAAGUUUCUUGGAUCUCAUCCCGGACCGUUAUAAACAGAAGCCCAUCGCGCUGUAUGAGCCCAGGGGCGCGCCUCUUCUCAACCAGUAUCGGUUGAUUGUACCCCGUACAAGAAACUUACUUGAGGUUAUUCAAUUCGUCAUUCUGCUAACACUUUACUUGAUGUUCAUGACCGAUCGUGAUCCGGCACGUAUAAGUAUACGGGAAGCUGCGUUUGCUGUAUAUGCCUUCGGAUGGGUUCUGGAUCAGUUUGCCACUAUACUCGAACAUGGAUGGGACGUCUACACCCAGAACCUGUGGUCCUUCUUGGACGUCAUGUUUGCUCUUGUAUACUGGGGAUACUUGAUCCCGAGAGUCUACGGAUGGAAGAUUGGUGACGUUGGACCCGGCCAGCAGGCCUUGAACAUUUUGGCUAUGGGGGCCCCGGUCCUCGUUCCUCGCCUCGCAUUUAACUUGCUGUCCGACAACCUCGUUUUUCUUUCUCUUCGUUCAAUGGUGGCAGACUUCACAUUGCUCACGUUCCUUGCAGCGUGGUGCUUUUGUGGAUUUUUGCUAUCCAUGGUAUGGCUGGCCGAAGGGCGUCAUGACUUCCUAACCAUUAGUAAAUGGAUGCUGUGGAUUUGGUUUGGUCUCGACGGCACGGGUGUAGACCAAUCACCUGAUUUUCACUGGCUUCUUGGGCCAACGCUGAUGAUCAUGUUUGCGUUCCUCGGAAACACCCUAUUCCUGACGAUCCUGGUAUCGAUGUUGUCAAACACGUUCAGCACGAUUGUGUCCGACGCAACAGCAGAGAUCCAGUUCCGCCGCGCGGUCCUGACACUCGAGGGAGUGAAGAGCGAUGCAAUAUUCGCCUAUCAGCCUCCGUUCAAUAUUCUCGCCAUCUUUGUACUACUCCCUAUGAAGUUUUUCGUCAGCGCUCGCUGGUUCCACAAAAUCCAUGUUGCGUCAGUUCGCGCCAUCAACCUGCCCGUCUUGCUCAUCAUUGCCAUCGCAGAGCGGCGUCUGCUUCGGCCCAGCUCGACUCGGUUGCCAAGUCGCACCCGGGGCUGGUUCUGGGAGAAAUGGAGGAUCACCACACACAGCGAUAUGCAAACCGUGUUCGAGAUUACACCGCCGGAUUCAGUGGAGGACGACAUUGCCGUCGAUGACGAGCUCACGCACCACAUGAUCAGAAAACAGUUUGUGCGCCAACCCAGUACACCACAUGUACCUCGCGUGAGGCCGACCAUCCGUCAAGAGCCCAGCAGCGAUGAGGACGGUGGCAACAGUAAGCAGCUGGAUAACGGUAACCACAAGAAGCGAGUAGAGAACCCAGAGAUCAAGCGUCCUGCAAGGCGGGACUCGAUGGCGCCGUACGCAGAAUUGACGGAACAAGUCCGCAGUAUCCUGAAUGAGUCGUCAGAAUUUGGAGAACUAAGCAGCCGGCUGGAUUCGCUGGAGCAGACAACGGGGAGGAUCGAGGAGAUGUUGCAGAAACUCACUGGGGCUGAAGAUGAUGAAGGAGCUUUGGAAGAUGAGGAGAUGAGGGCGGGUGAUGUGGAUUUGAGUGGGACGAUAGGGGAAUUGGAUAGAACUGAGAUAGCCGAGUAGAGGGUUUUGGUUGUCUGGAGUUGAGCACGAUAUGUAUGGGAGACUAGAAUGGACAAAGUACAAGUAUAGAGAUUUGAUACCACACAGGUUCUGGAUAGGGAUCCUGAUGUUUGAGUACAUAGAAUUUGUGUGUGAAGGUCUUUUAUACAGACAUUCCCUUACGCAGCCAUCAUCAAUAGACUGCUUGGCACAAGUCGGUAUCGGCCAUCAAUGGAG